GACUGACUGGACGCAUUAGCUCACGCGGACGGUCUCUGGGAGUGCUGAGUCGAAUAUCCUCCUUUGGCGUCUCACCCGACAGAAACCGGCCGCGUUAUUUCACCUAAAUCGGAGAUAAAACAUAACGCUCUCAGUUGGGACGGUUUCACUCAACUCUUGGGGCGACCAUAACAUCGGGUUUUGGGUGGACAUUUACGUAGACUGAGAACUGCGUAGCUCAAAUCUCACAGUUCUGAAAAUCCAAGACCCACGAUGGACCCGAGAGACACUGCCCCUGAUUCCUGGGAACAAGAGGACGAUGUGGAGGCCACAAUCGACGGACAACUUGAACCCGCGUUCACAACCCUAAAUGUGAACGCUAAACCGUUUGUGCCCAAUGUAAAUGCCGCUGAAUUUGUUCCGGCUUUUGCCAUGAAAGCACACUCGGAAAAUCUCGACGCUGCUGUUGCUGUUGAAGCAAUAUCCACCAUGGAGGUGUCAGAAAGUGCUGCUCCAGUGGAGAACGGUGACACAGAAAUGACCACAGAGGAACCAUGGGACCAGAAAGAGGCCGAGCCCAAUGAGGAAGAGCCUGGAGGUGGGGACCGGGGACCAGCGUCAGCACCAACAGAGGAGGCGGCUCCGGAGGUUAUGGAGGAGGAGGAAGAGAUGACGGUGCCUAAGGUUUCAAACGUACAGCCAGACGCCCCCAAAAAGGAACACAUCAAUGUUGUGUUCAUCGGACACGUAGAUGCUGGCAAGUCUACCAUUGGUGGACAAAUCAUGUAUUUAACAGGGAUGGUGGACAAGAGGACCUUAGAGAAAUAUGAGAGAGAAGCCAAGGAGAAGAACAGGGAAACCUGGUAUCUGUCUUGGGCUCUGGACACCAACCAAGAGGAAAGGGACAAAGGAAAAACCGUAGAGGUGGGCCGAGCGUACUUUGAGACAGAUAAAAAGCACUUUACCAUCCUAGACGCCCCUGGACACAAGAGCUUUGUACCCAACAUGAUCGGAGGAGCAUCACAAGCAGACCUGGCUGUACUGGUGAUCUCUGCCAGGAAAGGCGAGUUUGAAACUGGGUUUGAGAAAGGCGGUCAGACACGGGAACAUGCCAUGUUGGCCAAAACAGCUGGUGUCAAACACCUGAUUGUUCUGGUAAAUAAAAUGGACGACCCCACAGUGAACUGGAGUAUUGAGAGGUAUGAGGAGUGCAAGGAGAAACUAGUGCCAUUUUUGAAGAAGGUAGGCUUCAACCCGAAGAAAGACAUCCACUUCAUGCCCUGUUCUGGUCUGACAGGAGCCAACCUGAAGGAGCCCACUGACAUGUGCUCCUGGUACACAGGAUUACCUUUCAUUCCACACUUGGACAGUUUGCCAAAUUUCAACAGAUCCAGUGACGGCCCAGUCAGAUUGCCCAUUGUAGACAAAUACAAGGACAUGGGUACUGUAGUUCUGGGCAAACUGGAGUCUGGCUCCAUCAGUAAAGCACAGCAGCUCGUCAUGAUGCCAAACAGGCAUGUGGUGGAGGUGCUGAGCCUCCUGUCGGACGACGUAGAAACAGACGACGCCGGACCAGGAGAAAACCUCAAGCUGCGGCUCAAGGGCAUUGAGGAAGAGGAGAUCUUACCAGGCUUCAUCCUGUGCAACGCUGAGAACCUGUGCCACUCAGGGCGCACCUUCGACGCCCAGAUCGUCAUCAUCGAACACAAAUCCAUCAUCUGUCCAGGUUACAACGCAGUCCUUCACAUUCACACCUGCAUUGAAGAAGUGCAGAUCACGGCCUUAAUCUGUCUGGUAGACAAAAAGUCAGGAGAGAAGAGUAAGACACGACCACGAUUCGUCAAACAAGACCAAGUUUGCAUCGCCCGUCUGCGCACAGCAGGGACCAUUUGCCUCGAGACCUUUAAAGAGUUUCCUCAGAUGGGACGGUUUACCUUACGAGACGAAGGUAAGACAAUCGCCAUCGGGAAGGUGCUGAAGCUCGUUGCUGAGCGGGACUGAAGCGAACCCAAUCUCCUGGGAAGACCUGGUGAGACGGAAUGAGCGGAGCUCGGUCCUAACCCGCCCACACUGUUGUCGGCGGCAACGGCCCCUCCCUCUCACGCCCCCCCUCUGCGUGCCGAAGAUCAGCUUCAGACAAACUUCAGUGAAAAACGAAAAUCUGUUUUUAAGCAAAUGACAAACCAAGAAGUCCACACGAGUCAGCUUUCUCAUAUUGAGAGCUCAGCUAUGCCAUUCUGGGUUAGCCCCUCCCCUCACUAGUCCACUCAUCAUGACACCAUUUAUUUUGUUCCACUUCUUUUUUUUUUUUUUUUUUUUUUUUUGUGCUUUCAUACAUGACAGUGACAUAUGGCUGAAGUUAUAUCUGUAAACAGAUGUGGACCAGGAUUUUUGCUUGGAAUAUAAAAAAUGAUUUUGAGAAGUAAAUUGCAAAAGAAAUUGUUUGAUAGAACUUAACCAGUUGAAACCAAAAUGUUUAUCUUGGGUGUACAUGUCUCCCUUUGCUUUUACCCAGUUUUUGGUUUCUCAUGUGGCGUUCUGGCAGUGUGCUUGAGCGUGUUCAAAUGUUAUUAAAGCAAACAACUAUGACAAUAAAAUAUGGAAUUGGGAAAUGGAGCCUGUUCCUUUUACAAAGUG